CAAUCUCUCCAUAAAUUCAAUUCACCGAGAGAGACUGAGAGAGAGGGAGAGAGAGAUGGAGGUUCAGUGGCUUCUGGUGUGCCACGGACUGGUGACGCUUCUGGUGGUGGUCUCCUUUCUCUGCGGCCAAUGGCCCGUCUUCGACGGCACUUUCAUUCAACGAAUCCACGUCUUCCUCACUUCCGGCUGCCUAUCCGUAUGACAAUAUCAUUUUCUCAGAGAAGGAAUGUACAACUUGCAAGAUCCGAAAGCCUGCUAGAUCAAAGCACUGUAGCAUAUGUGGCCGCUGUGUUGCUCGGUUUGACCAUCAUUAAUAAUUGCAUCGGUGAGAAAAACACCAGAUACUUCAUGGCUUUUCUUUUCUGGCAUUUCUUACUUUGUGUCUAUGGAACUGUUGCCAUUGCCCUUGUUCUAGCUGGUCAGUUGAAAGAACAACAGGUUAUACGUAUUCUUACAGCCUAUUAUGGCAUUGAAAACUCAUUCAGGACCUUGGCUCCAUAUGUUGUACAGGUAAACUAAAGUGGUUGAUGGGGUCAUACGACACACAAGUACUUAUUGUAAUUUUCCUGGCUAUUAUAUCUAUGCUGCUGGCUGGGUUCCUUGCAUACCAUUCAAAACUAUGUCUCACAAAUACCACCACAAAUGAGAGUUUCAAAUGGAACGAAUACGUGAGGUGGCAGAGAAAGGCAAACGAAGCGAAGGCAAGUGCCGUGGCUUUAAAAGCAAGUGCAGAUGGAGUUGGGCAUGAAACAAAGCAGCAUGUGAGCAAAUGGAAGAAGGCAUUGUGCUGUAGAUCUCAUUGCCUAGAGGAAAUUGAGGUUGUCAAAACUAACGUUUAUGACAAAGGGUUUUUGCAAAACUCACUUGAGAUCAUCAUUCCACUCUCAACAAGGAAGUCUUUUCAUACUAAUAAUAAAUCAAAAUCAGGGUAGAUU